UUUUGAUCUUCAGCUUCUGGGCAGCUGUUUGAGGUUUGAGUUUGGGACUUGUAUAAAUUAACCCAAGCUCAGCACAUGUCCGAACUUUCACCUGCAUCAUUUUCGGAGGAUGAUGCCGGUGUAAGGCGAGCACCGGAGCAGUUCGUUGAAGAUGCAGAGAGGUCAUGCAAGGUUUGCGGUGAUCGUGCUAAUGGAUACAAUUUCGGGGUUUUGACUUGCGAAUCCUGCAAAGCGUUCUUUCGCCGGAACGCUGUAAGAGAAGAGGAGAUAAGAUGCCCAUUCUCAAACAACUGUGGUAUCACUUCUGCGUCUCGCCGAUUCUGCCAAGCAUGCAGGCUUCGAAAAUGCUUUGCGGUUGGAAUGAAUAGAACGUGGUUGCAAGAUCAAAGGCCUAGGACGCAUAGUAAGCGCAGACGUACGCGUGACAAUGAAGAGGAGAACUCAGAUGAAGAGGUCAGGGUGCCGAAAGCUUACUUGAAGGAACUGAUCAGGAAAUCAAGAAGACCUCCUUCAUUUUGUGAAUGCACAUGCACCUGCGGCUUUUACCCUGCUGGAACAAGACUGACCGCUCUGACUUGUGACAAGGACUGUCCACCUACAUCGUACCCUUCGUCCUCGUAUGCGAGUUCCACAACCGUAGUGCAACCUUCGCUCAUAAGGGAAAGGCAACCGUGCCAGUCUCUGACAACCGCUCCACAAUUGCUCAGCCCCAUGGAGGUCUCUUCUAGCGCUAAUCCACAGGAUAUUAUCAACUUACAGAGCUAUGGGUUAGCUCCAAAUGUCAUGUUGUCGGCAUUUUCUACCGUUCAACCAGCUUAUCCCCAGCUACAGUCUCCGUUUCCAGCCCAGGCAGCUAUCUCAUUUAAUGGAGUAGUUUCGCCUUUGCAAUGUUCAGAUUCGUUUCCGCCUUCAACCUCGAGAACUGCUUCCAGUGAAAAUGGGCUUGGCGAUCUGAGAAAGUACUCAAAAUUGUCUGUGCAGGAUCUUAAUUUGCUCCAGGAAUUGAUCAAAGCAAACGAACCUCUCAAAGCUCCAUUGGACUUACACUUCAAUGGCGAACUGAGCUUGAUGGAUGUGGUGAAAAUCAGCGAGGCUGCGUUAAAAAGGAUCGUUUGUAUGGCAAGAGAUCUGGCAGCUUUCCAAGGACUGGACAUAGAAGACAAGAAGAACCUUAUGAAAGGGAGCUGCAGCGAGUUGCUGAUUUUGCGCGGAGUCAUGGCUUUUGAUCCUAACAAAAACACUUGGAAUCACAAUUUUACCACGGGCAUCAAAGAUAUGGAGGUCAAACUAGACGUUCUCAAAAGCACAAAAGAAACGCAGCACUACGAGGAGCAUAAACGGUUUCUCAUUGGAUUCAAUGAACAAAUUCGAAGGAACGAGUGUGUUAUGCUGCUGCUGAUGGCUCUCGUCAUCUUCCGCCCGGAUAGAGCGAACCUCAUCGACAAAGCCAGAGUUCGAGCAAUACAGAACAUGUACUACGGGGUACUGAGGAGAGUGCUCGAGUGCGAAUACGCGGCUAGUGAGGCCCUCAUCGUCUAUGAAAUGCUUGUGAGAAAGCUGGAAGAACUCAAACAUUUGAAAGAAGGGCUAGUCAGAAUUUACUAUGGAUUCGACAGCCGCCAGUUGGAUCCGCUUAUCAAAGAAUUAUUCGAUAUGAUGUGAUGUGGCCAGUGAUCGGGGUAUUUGCAUAAAUAUUUAACCAACACUACCUGAAAAUGUGGC